CCUUUUCGACCUUCGAGCGAUAACCGCCAUGGCAGUCAAGAUGCCGCUCGUCGACAACGAGCAAAUACAGUCGGCUAGCCUUCACAAUCCUCUGCCAUUUUCACUUCAUGCCUAUAUUUGGCCGUUCCUCGUCAUUUGGCCCGCUUUCUUUGCCGUCUACCUCUCCCCGGCGCAGUACGAGAAGCACCUGGGCUCUCAAGAAUGGACCUUUGUCUGGUCUGGCAGUAUCAUCACGAUUCAGUCUCUCAUCUGGCUCUCGACCCACUGGAAUGUUGAUCUGAAGGCCUUCUUUACUUCUACUAGGGCGAAUGAUGUCCGCAGCGCCCAGCUCAUCAAGGUCAUCCCCAUCGCGAACGCUGGCUUGGCCGAGAUUUGCAAGUUGAAGCGCGACAGCAUCGGCGGCAGACAAAACGUUUCUUUCCUCUUCCAGAAGCGCCGCUUCUUGUAUGAUGCGGAGAAGAACUCUUUUGCGCCACUUUCCUACGCCCUCGACGCCGAACCCAAGCCUGCCAUCAGCACCUUUCAAGAAUCGCGCGGUCUUACAUCUCCGGCGACCAUCAAACACUUGGAAGAAUACUAUGGCGACAACUCAUUCGAUAUUCCCGUGCCGACCUUCACCGAGCUCUUCAAGGAGCACGCCGUCGCGCCGUUCUUCGUCUUCCAAGUUUUCUGCGUCGGUCUCUGGAUGCUGGACGAAUACUGGUACUACUCGCUAUUCACGCUGUUCAUGCUGGUUGCCUUCGAGAGCACCGUUGUCUGGCAGAGGCAGAGGACCUUGAACGAGUUCCGCGGCAUGAGCAUCAAGCCAUACGACAUCUGGGUAUACAGGGAGAACAAGUGGGUGGAGAUUCAGAGCGACAAGCUGCUCCCGGGCGACCUUGUCUCCGUAGAGAGGACCAAGGAAGACGGCGGCGUUGCCUGUGAUAUGGCGCUCGUCGAAGGCUCAGCGAUCGUUAACGAGGCUAUGCUUUCUGGAGAGAGCACUCCGGUUCUGAAGGAUUCCGUCCAGCUCCGUCCCGGUGAUGCCUGCAUUGAACCCGAUGGUCUUGACAAGAAUGCCUUUCUCUACGGUGGUACCAAGGUCCUUCAAGUCACUCACGGCAACCCUAGCGAAGAUGCCCCGGACACGGUCCCCCAGCUGGCGUCUGGCGUUCCCCCGCCUCCGGAUAAGGGAGCUAUGGCCAUCGUUAUGAAGACCGGUUUCGAAACCAGCCAAGGAAGCCUUGUCAGAACUAUGAUCUACUCCACCGAGCGUGUUUCCGCAAACAACGUUGAGGCUUUGCUGUUCAUUCUCUUCCUCUUGAUCUUCGCCAUCGCUGCCUCGUGGUACGUCUGGCAGGAGGGUGUUGCCAGAGAUCGCAAGCGCUCUAAGCUUCUACUCGACUGCGUCCUCAUUAUCACCAGUGUCGUCCCUCCGGAACUUCCCAUGGAACUCAGCUUGGCCGUCAACACGAGCUUGGCUGCACUCAGCAAGUACGCCAUUUUCUGCACUGAGCCCUUCCGCAUUCCCUUUGCCGGUCGUGUGGACGUUGCCUGCUUUGAUAAGACUGGUACCCUCACUGGUGAAGAUCUUGUCGUGGAUGGUAUUGCCGGCUUGAGUCUUGGUAAGCCUGAGGCCAAGUCGGAGCCGAAUGGCGCUCAGACCGAGCUGGUCCCUGUGAACCAGGUUGGCCCUGAUACUACUUUGGUCCUUGCUACUGCGCAUGCUCUUGUUAAGCUUGAAGAGGGCGAUGUUGUUGGCGAGCCUAUGGAAAAAGCAACCCUCAGUGCUCUUGGCUGGAGCGUUGGUCGUCAUGACACGCUGACUAACAAGUCUGUACACACAAACUACGCCGAGCUCGUUCAGAUCAAGCGCCGCUUCCAAUUCUCCUCGGCGCUGAAGAGGCAAAGUUCCGUCGCGACGGUUCUUGGACCCAACCCGAAGACUGGUAAGAAGGGCAAGAGCACGUUCGUCGGUGUCAAGGGUGCACCAGAGACCAUCCGUAAGAUGCUUACGACUGUCCCGCCUAACUACGAGGAGACUUUCAAAUACUUCACCAGGAACGGUGGCCGUGUCCUUGCUUUGGCCCACAAGCGUUUGUCUACCGAGGAUGAAAUCAGCCAGAAGAGGAUCAACGACUUGAAGCGUGAAGAUGUCGAAUGCGACCUUACCUUUGCUGGUUUCUUGGUUCUUCAGUGUCCGCUCAAGGAUGAUGCAAAGAAGGCUGUCCAGAUGCUCAACGAAAGCAGCCACCGUGUUGUCAUGAUCACCGGCGACAAUCCUCUCACAGCCGUUCAUGUCGCCCGCCAAGUUGAGAUUGUUGACCGGGAUUGCCUGAUUUUGGACGCUCCGGAGCAUGAUGAGUCUGGUGAAAACCUCGUCUGGCGCAGCAUUGACGAUACCGUCAGCAUUCCGGUCGAUCCCACCAAGGACCUUGCGAAGGACGUACUCGAAACGAAAGACAUAUGUGUUACCGGUUUUGCUCUUGCUAAGUUCAAGGACCAGCCCGCCUGGCACCAGCUCUUGCGUCACGCCUGGGUCUACGCCCGUGUUUCUCCUAAGCAAAAGGAAGAUAUCCUGGUUGGUCUCAAAGAUGCUGGUUACACCACGCUCAUGUGCGGUGAUGGUACGAACGAUGUCGGCGCUCUGAAGCAGGCUCACAUUGGUGUCGCUUUGCUGAACGGUACCCGUGAUGACCUGGACAAGAUCGCCGAGCAUUUUAGGAUCAACAAGAUGAAGGAGAUUUACGAGAAGCAGGUCUCGGUCAUGAAGCGCUUCAACCAGCCUUGCCCGCCUGUCCCUCCUCUUAUUGCUCACAUUUACCCUCCCGGACCCACAAACCCCCACUACGAAAAGGCGAUGAAGCGCGAGGCCGACAAGAAGCUCACCAAGGGCGCCAUCGCGGCUGGCGCGCCUCCUAACAGUAACGAAACCGAGAAGAUCCCCACUAUCACGACCCCCGGCGCGCGCGCUCUUCAGGAGAACGAAACUCCUGCCCAGCAGCGCCAGCGUCUCGCUCAAGAGAAGGCAAAGGGCUGGGCUGAUAAGAUCCAGUCCUCGAUGAUGGAAUCUGAGCUUGACGAAAACGAGCCACCAACUAUCAAGCUUGGCGAUGCCUCCGUCGCUGCUCCUUUCACCAGCAAGCUUGCCAAUGUCGUCGCUAUCCCCAACAUUAUUCGCCAGGGCCGCUGCACGCUCGUCGCCACCAUCCAGAUGUACAAGAUUCUCGCACUCAACUGUCUCAUCAGCGCCUACAGUUUGAGUGUUCUUUACUUGGACGGUAUCAAGUUCGGUGAUGGACAAGUUACGAUCUCUGGUAUGAUGAUGAGCGUGUGCUUCCUGUCCAUCUCCCGCGCCAAGUCGGUCGAGCAGCUGUCGAAGGAGCGCCCGCAGCACAACAUCUUCAACUUCUACAUCAUCGGAUCUGUCCUUGGCCAGUUUGCCAUUCACAUUGCGACGCUGAUUUACAUUUCGCAAUACGUACAGCGCACCGAGCCUAAGAAUACCGAUAUCGACCUGGAAGGCGAAUUCGAGCCCUCGCUCCUGAACAGCGCCAUCUACCUGCUGCAACUGAUCCAGCAGAUCUCCACCUUUGCCAUCAACUACCAGGGUCGCCCGUUCCGCGAGUCGAUCAGCGAGAACAAGGGCAUGUACUACGGACUGGUUGGUGUGGCGUGCGUGGCUUUCAGCUGCGCGACCGAGUUCGUUCCCGAGAUCAACGAGAAGCUGCGUCUGGUGCCCUUCAGCACCGACUUCAAGCUGACCAUGACGACGGUCAUGAUCAUUGAUUAUGCCGGCUGCUGGAUCAUCGAGAAGGUGCUCAAGGUCCUGUUUAGUGAUUACAGGCCCAAGGAUAUUGCGAUCCGUCGUCCGGAUCAGUUGAAGAGGGAGGAGGAGCGCAAGAAGGCCGAGGCAGAGGAGGAGCUCCGCAAGAAGGAGCAGUAGGCGGUUAGCAUGAUUUGUAUGAGUUGAAGAGGGAUGGGGGUGCAGUGUUGUGCAUAGAUGAUAGAAGGCCGUCUCGGUGGCCAAUUCAAUUUACCUUCAAAAACCGGGCUGACGUUUGCGAGUGUGUUCGCUUC